CAUAGAGCCCUCCUAUCGUCUCCUCCUUUCCUCUCCUUGCUUGUCUGUCUCCCCUCGCCAGCAUUUCAGGCAGCUCGCAACUGCUGCUGUGGUGAACUGGUGAUCUUGACCUGCCUUCUUCUUCCUUCUCCUCCUCUGGCCACUUCGUCAUCGCCUUCUUCCAGAUCUGAGCUCGAGGAGAAAGGAAGAGUUCGAAACGCCGGCCAUGGACAUGUCCGGCAUGGUCGCGGCGGCCGACAGCCCGUCCGGCGGCGGCGGAUCGCCAUUGCCGCGGCCGAGCAGGUACGAGUCGCAGAAGCGGCGGGACUGGCAGACCUUCGGGCAGUACCUCCGGAACCACCGUCCGCCAUUGGAGCUUUCCCGGUGCAGCGGCGCCCACGUGCUGGAGUUCCUGCGGUACCUGGACCAGUUCGGGAAGACGAAGGUCCAUGGGCCGGGCUGCCCCUUCUUCGGCCACCCGUCCCCGCCGGGGCCCUGCCCGUGCCCGCUGAAGCAGGCCUGGGGCUCGCUGGACGCGCUCGUGGGCCGCCUACGGGCCGCCUUCGAGGAGCAUGGCGGGCGGGCCGAGGCCAACCCGUUCGGGGCCCGCGCCGUCCGGCUCUACCUCCGCGACGUCCGCGACUCCCAGGCCAAGGCCCGCGGCAUCGCCUACGAGAAGAAGCGCCGCAAGAGGAAUAGUAAUCCCCAGAAGCCGAAGCCGGAGAAGAAGCAGGAGAAGCCGCCGAACCAGGAGGCGGCGGCUUCGGAAAUGGCGAGCGCGGCGGUGGGGGAGAUCAGGCCGCCGGAGCUUGUCGCGACGCCGUACCCGCCCUACUACCUGUUCCCGCAUGGACACCUGUUCCAGGGACACUACUUGGCGCCGGCGUCCGGCGAGGGGAGCCAUGCGGCCGCGGCGGCGCUGGACGGCGUCCCUGGAGGCGGCGCCGGAGCCGGGGAAGAUAUAGUGCUGGUGAUGGCGGCGGCGGCGGCGGCCGCCGAGGCGCACGCGGCCGGGUGCUUGAUGCCGCUCUCCGUCUUCAACUAGCUCGAUCCAUCAUCAUCCAAUGCUCCUCCAAUGCAUGUAGGCUAAGAUAGAGGAUUAAGUAGGCCUAAGUUGAUUAAGUACUACGCAGGUUGAUUUUGCCAAUGGCGAUCGGUCCUCUGUUCGCCAUUUGAACACAGCUCUAGGUUAUUUUGUGCGCGCCAGUGCUAGCUGAUACUUCUGGAGCGAUCAACUCUACGUAAGUUCAGAGGGAGUAAUUAGUGGCAUAAUCUCUGUAUCUGCUGGCAGGAUUAAAUUGUUGGUAACUAGGACUACUAUGUUACAAUGAAAUCUGAAUGCCUAGAACAAUGAAAUAUGAAUGCCUGGCACAUAUAUAUUCCGUCUCAAAGCCGACUUAAUAACCGUGCAA